UCGAAAGAAAGAAUAAAAACAUAUAAACAUGGAAAGCUCAAGCUCUAAUCCACAUGAACCACAUGUCGCACUGGAAGUUGGAGAAGAAGAAUACCCAUAUCCAUCACAUGUUUGUGCAUCAAACCUUACUAGUGUGAAGCUGAGUGGUAAGGCCAAGUUUGUUAUGUGGAAAACACAGACGCUAUGUCUGUUAGAGAGUCAUGGUAUGUCUGGUUUCAUAGAUGGAACGCUUGUAAGCCCUCAAACAAGUAUUUCCGGGAAAGAGAAAGUGGGUGACCAUCAAACUCAUCACAAGCUGAAGCAGUGGAGAAGAUCAGAUGCCCUGGUGAAGAGUUGGAUUCUUAGUUCUCUCUCUGAAGAAACACUAGGGUAUGUUCUGAAACGUCUCUCAGAGAAACUCCAUCAUCAAGAGAGAAAUGCAUCUGAUUUUAGUGCAAAAGAUGUAUGGGAUGAACUGCAGACUAUCUAUGGUCCUGCUGUUCUUCCACAAUUGCUAGUUUCAGAUAAACCGCAAGACAUAAGAGAAGCAUGGUCAGACCAAUAUUUAAUAUUAAAAGAACAAGAAGACAAGUCUGCACUCCAAAAAUUAUACCGGGCUGCUAUAUCAGGAGAUUGGGAUUCCGUCCAUGCUGUUUUAACGAGACAAAACAUUACUGUGAUAGACAAAAUCACGAAUAAUGGCAACACAGCACUCCAUAUAGCAGUGGGUGCAACCAAGAAGGCAGACCUAUUACAGAAACUGCUGGAAAAGACACCGGAGAACACACAACUGUUGGAUCUAAGAAAUGCAGAUGGAAGCACGCUACUUCAUGUUGCUGCCAUUGUUGGCAACACCGAAGCUGCUGACAUGUUGGUGGGAAGAAACCCAGAUUUGUUAUUAGCCAAGGACAACGAGGGUCACACGCCACUAGCCAUAGCUCUAUCUAAUAUGCAUACUCAGACGUCUAAGCAUCUGUUACAAUACAUUAAUACUGACAUAGAGAAGGAUGCUCUGUUUUCUGGCACAAGUGGUGAAGAGCUUCUAGUUGUUGUUAUAUCUUCUAAAGAUUUUGGUUUGGCGAAUGAUUUGGUGUUUCACUACAAUCGUGGGUCAUUGGAUACUGACGCUGUGCCAAUGGCUAUAGCUCAAAAUUUCCCAUGCUGUAGUAUCUUGGAAGAAUAUACAAGGAAUAUUGAUAUAAUGCAUGGCAGAGUAGAAGCAGUUUUCCGAAAGGCUUUUUAUUCUGUGCAUAACAGAUGCGGCUUCUUGCUGGUUGGUAUAGUAUGGUGGAUAUUCUUGUUCGGUUUUUAUGGGAUUAUUAUGCUUUUCCCACUAAUCCUUAAGUUGUUAGUGUCGCCAUUCAUUAAAGAGCGAGUUCGAAUUCGUAUGGAAGCUAUCAAUUUAUUAGCUAAAGUAUGUGAGUCGAUAAAGUUCUGCAAACACUCCAGCAAUUACCAUCACUAUUAUACGAAUCCAAUUCUUGAAGCCACGAGACAAAAUGCAUACGAAUUUGUAGAAUUUAUUGUGUCCAACUUUCCAGAUGCAAUUUGGUGUGCCAACGAAGAUGGUCACAAUAUUAUUCAAUAUGCUGUGAUAAGUCGUUCAGAGAAGGUUUAUAACCUACUAUAUCAGAUGAGCGAACAUAAGAAUGUUUAUAGAACAAUUAAAGACCCCUAUGGAAAUAACUUGUUACAUUUGGCUGCAAGAUUGGCACCUAAUGACAAAUUGAAUCGUAUAUCAGGGGCAGCUUUACAAAUACAACGUGAACUGCAAUGGUUUAAGGAAGUUGAAGGAUUUGUAUGUCCUCUAAACAUCAUACAAAAGAACUCUUUCGACGAAACACCUCAAAUGGUAUUCACAAGAGAACACAAGGACCUUGUGAUUGAGGGAGAAAAAUGGAUGAAGUCCACUGCAGAAUCAUACACGAUUACAGCUGCAUUGAUCACCACCAUUGUGUUUGCAGCAGCUAUUACAGUGCCCGGAGGAAACAAGGACACUGGGAUACCGACUUUUACUAACAACAAUGCAUUCAAAAUAUUUGCAAUAUCAGAUGCGAUAUCGUUAUUCACAUCAGCUACUUCAUUGUUAAUGUUUUUGUCAAUUCUCACUGCACGUUUUGCAGAACAAGACUUUCUCUUCAUGCUGCCUACAAAGUUGAUCAUUGGUUUGGCUACCUUGUUCAUUUCAACGACAGCCAUGAUAUCAGCUUUUGGUGCAACAUUGUACCUUGUAUUUGGUCAAAGCAGCUCAAUGAUUCUUAUUCCAAUAGCUGUUUUGACAUGUCUACCAAUUACUUCUUUUGUAACCCUCCAGUUCCCUCUCGUCGUAGACUUGAUGAGUGCCACAUAUGGUCGUAGUAUUUUUCGUAAGCAAGAUGAUAGUAUAUUCUAUUAAAUCUUUAUUCAUGAUUAUAGUGAAUUAAAUAGAUGUGAAAAGUGGCAUAAAUACUCAUCUUUAUGCAUGAUUAUAGUGAAUUAAAUAGAUGUGAAAAGUGGCAUAAAUACUCAUUUCAUUUUGAGUUGUAUAUGUGAUUAUCUAAAUAGAGGUGAUAAGUAUUCGGAACUAGAUAUGGUCUCUACCUUGUAAUGAUGAUUAUUUGAGAUAUUAGAAUAGAGAAAUAAGGAAUCGGUGAUAAGUAAAGAUCUGAAUACUUUUAGAAAGAAAAUGCUUUUAUUAAACAGAAAUGCCUAGAAAUUUGCUUGACAAAUGGCGAAAAAAGCUACAACAAAAACAAACUUGUACAUUUUGAAUGUCAUCUAAAAGGUUAGGAGGAGAUUUAAGUUAACAGAAUUGUAUAUACUGGAAGAACACAAACAGAAUUGCCUCAACACGCAUAAAUAUUGUU